AUAAAAACUAUUAGAUACGCAUACACACGCAUACACAUGAACACUUGGAGAUCCACAGCAAAUCCACAAUUUUAGUCAUUUAUUUCGCGUUGCGUUGCCGUUUAGCGAAAAAUGUUAGAUAUAUUUCGUGGAUUGAAAAACCUUGUAAAGGUCAGUCACGUUAAAACCGAUUCGCCAGUAUUCCGUCUACACUACUCAAUUACUGUGAUGAUUUUGAUGUCCUUCUCUUUGAUUAUAACAACAAGACAAUAUGUUGGCAACCCUAUCGAUUGUGUUCAUACCAAAGAUAUUCCAGAAGACGUACUCAAUACAUAUUGUUGGAUUCAUUCGACUUAUACGUUACGUGAUCAUUUCGGUAAGAAGCAGGGCAUAUCUGUACCCUAUCCGGGUAUCGCCAAUUCGGAUGGUGAUGAUCACAAUAAAAAGCACUACAAAUACUACCAGUGGGUGUGUUUCUGCCUAUUUUUUCAGAUCAAAAAGUCCAAGGAUGGCGAGCUGAAUUGA